AUAUUCCGUUGCUUUCUAAACAAUGACUGAACCAAGGGGUCAGAUGAAGAGUUCAAAUGCUACAAGCAGCGCUGUAAUGGAACUGCAGUCUGCUUCUGGCCAGAGCAACUUCAGAAGAGUCAGCCGCACAGAGGAUAGCAGUCCCUAUCCGAUCCCUGGGCUGGCGGCAGACAUCCUGCACAUGCGAGUGAAAGAAGGAAGCAAGAUUCGCAAUUUGCUGCGGUUUGCAACAGCUCGCAUGCAAGGAGAGGGGAAAGACAGCAAUGGGACAUUACUGAGACAAGUGGUCUUCACUGGCUCAGGUAGAGGAGUCACCAAGACCAUCACCUGUGUGGAGAUUCUAAAACGUAAAGUGGGAGGGCUCCACCAGGUGUCCAAGCUCUACUACAAGACAGUAAAAGAGGUCUGGGAGAGUCAACAACCAGGAGCACCAGGUAUAACCAUGCAGAGGACAGUCCCUGCCAUCUGUAUCCUGCUCUCUAAAGACCCUCUGGAUCCCCAGGAGACUGGAUACCAACCCCCCCAAACCCUAAGUGUUCCCACAGAGGACGCAGAGAGAGGUAGAGCUCUGAUUAGGCCAGCUCACUGUCCCUUCUCACAACACGCAGCCAAGAGAGUCUGUCUGGAUGACUGGAGUGUAUGUUCUCAAUUACCGUCUCCAUGAAAGUCUGAUAAGUUGUUAACUUUUACAGAGGAGCAAUAGAAAGCAUCCUGACUGGAAACAUUACAAGCUGGCAUGAGAUGGGCAGGGCAGGGCAGGGCAGGACAGGAGGGCUCUGCAGCGGGUGAAUAAAACAGCUCCUGAGCAUCAGUGAUAUCGUUGAGAUGCAGAUGCCUGCACAGAGCCCAAAGGAUACUAAGACAAUACCCCCCUCAGCAACGGCAUGUUCACCCUGCUGCUGUCUGGCAAGUGAUACAGGGCACAUCAGAGCUUAUUUUGAUGCAAAAGUACACAAAGUUGGUCAUAGUCAUUAUAAAUAUAAACGCCAAGGUUUAUCAAUAGUCAUUAUUCUGUUUUCUACUUUUGGAGGGAACGCAUGUACGUUUAGAUCAUAGGACCAGAUUGUUUUUGUUAAGGAUUUCUUUUCAUCAUAAUGCUGUCCCUGUUUAGAGAUGUAACAACACUGAAAUAAAUUAACUAUGCAUUUCAUCUUUGGUGUUUUGGGCUGUGAUGGAGAGUGUAUACAUAUUUAAUUUGAAUAAAAUCCCCUUAUGGAAUAGAAGCAGUUUAAAAGGUCUAAACCUGGAAUUUUACAGAGAGACAAAUCUUUUUUUAUUCAUAUUACCACUUGUAUACUGUCAGCAGUCAGUUCAUUUUGAUUCAGUAGUUAGUAGUCAUCUGGCAGACCUUUUUUCUGUGUUGUAGUGAAAUGCACAAUGAAAUAAUAGUAUCCACCCCAAGCUUUAGGAGUACAUCCCAUUCUUUUAUUAUCAUCCUGACAGAAUAUAGGCAACCCUUAUCAAAAAUCGGACAGGCCUAUAGCUUUUUGGACUAUGUGUGGUAGCCUACUUAUUAGUAGUGGGCAUAGGUGAGGAAAGUACAGCACAUUGUCAUACACAGGGCAAUUCAAAGUAAUGCCAUAAUUAUAUAAAUUGGGUGUUGCAUUUUAUAGCAGCUGCAUUGUAUUUUUAAACUGACUGGAUUUUAUUUUAUAGUAUCCUUAUAUCCUAAUAUUUACUGAACUUUUCUGUGAGAUAAAUAAUGUAUAAACAUGUCGAUCCAUUUUUCAUUGGGGGCAACUGUCCUUAAAAUAAAGACCGAAAAAUCAUGAAAA